AGAGCACACGGCGCACCCGUGGUGCCGUCACGAAUCGUUCAGACUUCUCCGUCUCUCCGUUUGGUCGCGGUGCAGUACCCCCCGCGGCCACUAGUUAGCGAUCUUUUUCUGAAUGGUUUAUCCGACUUUUUCCGGUCACAGUAAAUCAAAGAAAUAAGGACAACUAUUGUGCAAAAAACAAAAACAAAAAAAAUCACAUAUAAACGAAGAAAAAAGCCCUGGAAGUUCACUACUGAUUCAAACCGGAAACCGGAAAUGCUUCGCUUUCAAACGAACCAAUCACAGCCCUCUCGGUCUGCGUGUGGUCUGCGUCUCCUCGACGCGUAGUUACAAUUUUCGGGAGGUGCACGUCACUGACGGCGCAUGUGACGGCGUGUCCUCUGCGUGUCCAAAAACCACACGCCGUAGACACGGCGUCGUUUUGACGCAGAAGUGUAAUUCAGCCUUAAGAGGCUGCAGCGUGCAGCGGUGGAGACAGCAGACUGCAGCAGCUCAUCACAGCUGCCCAGCCCAGCUGACCCACACUGACAGCCCAGCUGAGCCGAGCUGCAGCCUCCCGGCGGCCCAUACAUACACGCUCGAGGGGAAUGGGGGGCCACCCAGCCCGCCUCUGGUAGCCACCGAGAUUUUACUAGGCAAAAAAACGAGAGAAACCUCGCUGUGGCGGUCCAGCAAGAUGGUAUCCUGGAUCAUCUCGAGGAUAGUCGUCCUUGCCUUUGGGACUCUGUACCCAGCAUACUCCUCAUACAAAGCUGUCAAAACGAAGAACGUGAAGGAGUAUGUGAAAUGGAUGAUGUACUGGAUAGUAUUUGCGUUAUUCACUACAGCAGAGACGGCUACAGACCUGCUCCUGUCAUGGUUUCCUUUUUAUUUUGAGCUGAAGAUUGCCUUCGUGAUCUGGCUCCUGUCUCCGUACACCAAGGGCUCCAGCGUCCUCUACCGCAAGUUCGUCCACCCAACCCUCUCCAACAAAGAGAAGGAGAUAGACGAGUAUAUAGCCCAGGCCAAAGACAGGAGUUAUGAGACCAUGAUGAAGUUUGGAAAACGGGGUCUCAACCUCGCUGCUAAUGCUGCCGUCACUGCAGCCACCAAGGGUCAGGGCGUCUUGUCAGACAAACUGCGGAGUUUCAGCAUGCAGGACCUGACUCUCAUCACCGCUGACGACGAGCUGGGUCUGCGUUCCUCAGACGUCCGUAUGAGACGGGAGCACAUGGACGACAUGAGCUUGGGCGCCAGCACGCUGCCCCGAACCAAGAGCGCUUCCACACGGCAAACGCGGUCUUUGGCCACUGCCUCUCUUGCCGACGACGCGUCAUCCCAACACAGCUCUGACCAGUCGGACACGAGGACCGAACACUCCGACGACGACGUGGCAGACAAAGCCCCCAAGCGCGCCGCCAGCACCAAGGCCACCAAAAAGCCAGCUGCUGCCAAGACAGAGACUCAGACCAAGGCGGUGAAGAAGCCCGUAAAAAAGAAGACGACGACUACUACUGCAGAGACGCCACCAUGAGUCCGCAGCCCUGCACUCGCUGCAACUUGAAGUCCCCUCUUCCUGUUUGGUCUCCGCACAAACACAUAAACACUAUAUAUAAAUGUCUGACACUGAAAUUGUGUCAUACCUGCUGGAUUUUAGGGCGAAGUGCAGAUUUAGUUUAUUCGCAGUAUGUGUCCACCUUUUUAUGUCAGCGAGGAAAAGUUGGUUCGCAGUGGCCGGCUCGUCCUCUAUUUUUUUUUUGACUCAAUCUUUUGAGGUUUCCUGAUCUGAGAUUCAACUGCCAAGAGUGUUGACUUGAUUGAUUUUAUUUAUUUUAUUUUUUUUAAGAUGUCUUUCUUUGAAGUCCCACACUCAUAAUCUGGUCAGACAUGCUACUUCUGUGAGCCGUAAAGUCAGUAAUUCACCUAAGUCUCAUUGGCGGUUCUAAUUCACGGUGCUGGCUUCAUUGUUGCGUCUUUUAAGCAUCGCCACCAAAAUAUUACUUUAUUCCCUUUGUCGGCCCUGCAUGUGUUCUUGUACCCUCAUCUUGACCUGCUCACUGGCGAUAGAAAUCCUAAGAAAAGCUUCUAUUUGGGGCUGAAGCAACCAAAACGCUUACCGGGUGGGAGACACUUUUGUCCUUUUGUACUUUAAUUUUAGCAUCUAAGAUUUUAAUUUUUGUUUCUUCCUCCAAUUUGAAGAGUUGGGAUUUUACCUUUCAGUAAGUGCUGUCUCGGUGAGUGUCGCUCUGCUACUUUCAGGUCUCACGGAGGAUAAUGUCUUAAAGUGGCUUCAGAGUCACACAGUGUAAGCCAGCACUAAGCCACUCUUCUGCUUAGUUAUCCUCCUUUAGACAUUCUUCUUUGUAUUAAGAAUUAAUUUAUUACACUCCCAUUUUAGUGGCAUCUUCUGGUGAGGUAAUAUUAGUAUUAAGUAUGAUCAAUAUGCUGUCACUAAGUGAUAUGUCAUUUUCCAGCACCUGUGAGGGGACUCAUCUGCUCUCCACCGCAACGAUAACAGGAUUUAGGAUGUUGUAUUCCUCUGCUUGCGGUAGAGGCAGAGCUAAAGGAAAGCUGAGUGGGCAACAGUAAAACAAAUCAUCAUCAGCUGGCUGUGAGGAGUCACUUUCUGCUCCCAGUUGUAGUUUUAGAUGUGGAGGAAGAGUCCAAACAGGGUUUCUUUAGGGAUGGCGGGGGUUGCCAGGAGCUGCACGGGGCUUCUCUCUUGUGAUCCAAUUAUAACGGGAGUUUGCAGUGUGACGCUAGUGUGCGCCGGCAGGGGGCGACAAACUCCGCCUUUACAGUUGGCCAAAUUUUAAAGGAGAAAAAAGUGGAAAACGCUGUAAAUAUAAACCCUGACUGUACAUAUAGGAUGAGCUUGCUUGCCUUAUUCAUUCUGAGUUCAACUCUAUUAAGCUUAAUUUUUCCCUCUAAAAUGCCACAUUUGCUUCUCAUUUCAUUUGUCUUAGUAUAGACAAAUAUGUUCAGAGGCAGAGGAACAUGGACUGUAUUGAUAUCACUUAUGAUGAUCAUCUGCUUCUUUUUAAUUUUCUUUUUAAUUUUGUCAAGACGUUUUAAUUACCCAUAAUGUGGCAACGAGAUGUUGAACCACUGCUUGAACAUUCACAGCCGGCUGAUUAGUCUAGAGCCAAACUUUAAAAACCCUCUUUGUUUAAAUUUUGCUCUGAAAUGUUCCAUCAUAUCAAUAUAUGCAUUUUUAUCUUGCAUCACUUUGGGAUAUUUAUUGCUGAUUCUUUCUUUUGUGUUUUAAAUCAGUAUUGUGUACAGGAGUGUUCAUUUGUAAAGCGUUUGUGCCAGUGCUCAAAGCCUUAAAUUGAAAAAGGAUAACAGUUUGUGUGCUGGCACAACAGUACCUAAUAAGGUGAUGCAUCAGUAAAUAAACUGCUUCUAAUAAAGGAAAUUAAAUCUG